CCCGGACGGACCAGGAUCCCCUUCCUCCAUAUUACACAUUUCAGCGACAGAAAUAGACUUUUCCAAAGCAGACGGGCGUGCGUCUUUCUUCGUCAUGAUCUCAUCCCGCACGUCUUCGUGUUUUUAAUUCAGUUCACUGCCAAGACAGUUUUUAGACAAGGCAUCAGAAUAAAGUGAAUUUGAAUUAACCUUUUUUAAACGUAUUUUUGUAUUAUAUAGCCGAUUUCUUGCGGUUGUGCAGUGACAGAGGAUAUCAAGCAGGGGCUGGGGAAUAUUUAUUCCGCUAUAUGGAUAAACGACUGUGCCCAUCUGCCGCCGUGUUCACAGUUUGAUUUCACACGUUGCCCUCAACUUCAAGAAGAAAAUGAAGUCUGCUGAAGAGGAUGCAUACAGCUACACCCCUAAUGUCAGCCUCUCCCUCCCACUGGACAACCCCUGUCUUCCCUCGCAGUACCACAGCCUACAAACCGGCCCCAUUAUAUCUGUCUCUGUCAGCCAGCCGCCCAGCUAUGAAGCCCAAGACGAUAUGAGCCAUGCUGGUUAUUACUCCUCCUCAAGCGUCCGUCCGAACGGGGCCCCAACCCUGGAGAGCCCCCGUAUCGAGAUCACAGCUUACGGGCAGUUUCCCGAGGAUGAGGUGGAGGAGAGCAACCUUCCUGUCUCCAAGCGCGUCAACUCCAUUGUGACGCUGACCCUCCCAAACGCCGACGGCUACCGCGACCCCACCUGCCUGAGUCCAGCCAGCAGCAUCUCGUCGCGUAGCUGCCACUCAGAAGCCUCCUCCUACGAGUCGGGCUUCUCCUAUAACUACGACAACUCCCCGCAGAACUCCCCCUGGCAGUCGCCCUGCGUGUCCCCCAAGGGCUCCACCCUUGCCCUGCCAGGUGAGGCCUGCGCUCAGGGCAGCUCCCCGCGCCACUCCCCCUCCACAUCCCCCCGCACGAGCAUGACGGACGACACUUGGACGAGUCAGCGCGGAUCCAGACCGAACUCCCCCUGUGGUGCCAAGAGGAAGUACAGCUUCAAUGGCAGGGGAGCACCCCACAAGCACUACCCCUACUCUCCCAACCACUCACCAGGGCUAUCCCCGCAGACCUCCCCCCGCCUCAGCAUCACAGAGGAGUCGUGGCUCCCCAACACCAACCAGUACACCAACUCGGCCAUCCUGGCCGCCAUCAAUGCCCUGACCACAGACGGUAUGGUUGACCUUGGGGAGGGCAUCCCCAUGAAGGCCCGUAAAACCAGCCAGGAACACGGCCACUCCGUCAGCCUGAAGGUGGAGCCCGGAGGUGAGGAGCUUAGGAGCGAGGAGUUCUGCCAGGACGAUCACGGCUCUACCCGCAUGCCCUUAAAGAGGGAGGGCUACUGCGGGGGGUUCCUUGAUGUGCCACAGCACCCGUACUCCUGGUCUAAGCCGAAGCAAUAUGUCAGUUCAUCCCUGCCCGCCCUCGACUGGCAGCUGCCAUCCGCCUCUGGGUCAUACAGUCUACAGAUUGAGGUGCAGCCCAAGUCCCACCACCGGGCCCACUACGAGACGGAGGGCAGCAGGGGAGCCGUCAAGGCCCUGGCAGGAGGACACCCAGUAGUUCAGCUCCACGGCUACAUGGAGAGCGAGCCGCUGACCCUGCAGCUUUUCAUUGGCACGGCGGACGACAGGCUGCUGAGGCCCCACGCCUUCUACCAGGUCCACCGCAUCACCGGCAAGACGGUCUCCACGCCCAGCCACGAGGUCCUGCAGAACAACACCAAGGUGCUUGAGAUCCCACUGCUGCCUGAGAACAACAUGCGGGCCAUAAUCGACUGCGCGGGGAUCCUGAAGCUGCGUAACUCCGAUAUAGAGCUGAGGAAGGGGGAGACGGACAUCGGACGUAAAAACACACGUGUGCGUAUGGUGUUUCGUGUGCACAUCAACCAACCCACGGGGAGAACCGUGUCCCUGCAAGUUGCGUCCAACCCCAUCGAGUGCUCCCAAAGAUCGGCCCAGGAGCUGCCGCUGGUGGAUAAGCAGAGCCUGGAGACCUGUCCCGCCCCCGGGGGGGAGAGGAUGCUCCUCAGCGGACACAACUUCCAGCAGGACUCCAAAGUGGUUUUCGUGGAAAAGGCCCAAGAUGGUCACCACCUAUGGGAGACUGAGGCCAAGAUUGAGAGGGAUGGCUCAAAGCCUAAUUCGCUUCUCAUUGAGAUCCCUCCCUACCGCAACCAAAGACUAUCCAUCCCAGUCCAAGUGAACUUCUACGUGUGCAAUGGCAAGAGGAAAAGGAGUCAGUACCAGCGUUUCACCUAUGUGCCUGCCAAUGUUCCAACAAUUAAAACGGAGCCACACGAUGACUACGAUGCCCCCCUUGUUUGUACCCAGCGUGGUCCAGGCAUGGCACUGCAGCCAAAGCCCUUCUUCACCCAACCAGUCAUGACCCCUGACCUGCGGCCAUGUGUGGUGGGCGGGGGCUACUCUGUCAGCCAGCAGAGGCUGGGAGCCAAGCCUUCCUCAUUGUCCUCCUCAUCCUCCCCCAGCACCAGCCCCAAACUGCAUGACCUCUCGCCCACUCCCUUCUCCAAGUGUCUCUCCGCUGGCCCGCCCCAACACCCAGGACCGCAAUCCCCAAUCCCACACGUCUCCAUCAUCCAGGAGACGCCUGGACGCUACCAGCCGUCGGGUCUCUACCCACCCAGCAGUGCCUCCUCCUCCCCCGCCUCCCAGCCCUCCACCCCGGGCGCGGCCCCCGAGGCAUCCUUCUCUCCGGCCCACUGCAUGACGCCUGGCCAGCCGGUCAGUGGCAGCACCAGCCCUGUGGCCCAGCAGCUCCCAAAGGUGCCAGAGAGGAGCCGCUCUUCCCUGGCGGAGGAGGCCAGCCCCCCCACACUGGCCAUCAACAUCAAACAGGAGCCACAGGAGCUGGACCAGAUAUACCUUGAUGACGCUGGAAGAGUUUGGUCUACUGCAUCCUGUGGGCCCAGGGACCACGGCCCUGCCUGGAGCUGUGCCUGAAGAGUCAAUGAGAUCAUCAGGAAUGACCUGUCCAACAUCUCCGUCCACAGUCACGCGUAGCUUCCCGCUGUUGCUGAAGACCAGAGGCAUGAAAAUUGAAGAAAGAAAAGAAAAAAAAAGAAGAAGAAAAAAGAUCAAAAUAAGUACUACGCUCUGCAUGCUUGGACUACAGCGUGCUGGUAGCAACAAAAGGAAAUCCAGGGAAAACAAGUUGACAUGUAUAGAAGACCAGGGUCCAGCAUGUGCCUUGUCUUUUAUGUAUAAUGCCUUCACAAUAUACAGAAAAUGGACAUGGAAUCAAUCAUACGAUUGAUUUUAUUUUUUUUAGACAUGUAAAUCAGGUAUGUAGCGCCCCAACGUGCCAUCCUCAAUGACACCCAAAUUACACUUUGUGGACCAAGCCCUUUAUAUAUGUAUAGAACGUGUGUGUGUGUGUGUGUGUGUGUGUGUGUGUGUGUGCGUGUGCGUGCGCGCGUGCG